GCGAAAAGCAGGAAGUGCUGAAUUGUCAUUGAUAGCGCUGCAGAUUUGUGUUAUAUAUGAAACUCUAGUGUAAAAAAACUUAAUGACAGACCGCUUAUUCUUCUCAGCGGAACAGAUAUUGACCACGUAACCCGCCCUUGGAGGAACAUAUGAUCGAGGUUUGAGGGAUCUGUGAAGAAAAUGAGCCGAAGCCGUAACCCUCCGCAGAAGGGCCAAGGGGCCGCCAGGGCCAAACAGAUGGGACUGCUGUUGGAUUUGGCUCCUGAUGGCGGGCUGGAUGACUCCGGGGGAAAUGAGGAGGAGUUAGAGGCGGAGCUUCUGGCCUUGAUGGGGGGAGGAGGAGGGAGGGGCGGACCAGCGGGCCGGAAACCUGGAGGAAAAGCUCCGGUGGCCAUGGAGGACAUUGACCGGAUGGCCGCUCUGUGCAUGAGAGAUCUGGACGAGGACGGAGACGAUGACGGGGAUUUGGAGAACGAUGCUGAUCUCCUGGCCGAGCUGAAUGAGGUGUUGGAGGACGAUGAGGAGCAAGUGGUCAGGAAACCCCCUCCGUCACCAGCACCUCCUCAACGCUCAAACGUGACGCCCCAGUCCACGACCAGCCUGGAGUCUCGCCUGAAAGAGCGGUUAGACAUGUACCAAACCGCCAUUACCAACGCCAAGGCCGCGGGAGAGACCAGCAAAGCUCGGAGAUACGACCGUGGACUGAAGACUCUACAGUCAAUGCUGACGUCCGUUAAAAAGGGGAAGCCCAUCAAUGAAGAUGAGAUUCCUCCUCCAGUGGCCACGGGUGGGAAACCCUCCCCUGACUCGCAGGCAGAGCCAAUCGGAGAGCCAGAAAAACCUGCUCCAGCAAACACACCACCUCAGAGCAAGCCAAUCGCUCCAUCCAAACCUCAGAUGCUACAGCCUCCAUCGCAGAGACUGACCGCCGUAACGCCCGACACACCAGCCAUAUCCCCUCUCACGCCCUGCCAGCCCAACACACAGCACUCAGAGCUCAAAGCGAGUAUAUUAAGCAGACAGAGAGAGUAUAAGCUGGCAGCCAUAAAGGCCAAACAGAGCGGAAACACCGAGCAAGCCAAACAACUCUACCAAGUGUCCAAGAGAUUGGACUCGCUGGUGGAGACUGUUGACCGAGGGGAGUUUGUGGACAUCAGCUCGCUGCCGCCCCCUCCUGGUGAGGUCGAAGUGCCACGUUCAAACCCUCCUCAGCUGUCCUCUAAACCAGACGCCCCUCCUGCCGCCCCAGAACCAGCUCUCUCUGCUCCCCGGAGCGUCGCAGAGGCCUUACAGCAGCGCAUGGACAAAUACAAAGAAGCUGCAGAGAGCGCCAAGAGCAAAGGAGACGACCGCAAAGCACGCAUGCACCAGCGCAUUAUCAAGCAAUAUCAAGAUGCCAUUAAAGCUCAUAAAGCAGGACGGCCUGUGAAUCUGGCAGAUCUUCCUGUUCCUCCAGGUUGUCCUCCACUGCAGGGCACCGAGGGAGGCAACCAGAACUUUAUGGGCGUCCUGGAGACAGCCAUGAAACUGGCCAAUCAGGACGAAGAUGCUGACGCGGAUGAAGACGAGGAGACACACAAGCCAUCAGCUCCGCCUGCCGUUCAGAAAUCAAGAGCUCCCGCUCCUGCGAAGGCCUCGUCCACCGCGGGGACGCCCACCGGCUCCACAAACACACCCAAACCUGGAGGCAAAGCCCAGCAGCAGCUGGAUUUCCUGAUGAUGCGCAGACAGCAGUUUGUGAAGGCGGCGUUGCGCUCUAAAGAGAUGAAGGACAUGCAGGGAGCCGCGCAACACCUCCGACACGCCAAAGGACUCGAUGCCAUGAUCAAUGCCGCCAAGGGAGGACUUCCUGUUGACAUCACCAAGGUGCCGGGCGCUCCGGUCAGCGAGGAGGACUACAGACUGUCUUCGUCCCGCUCGUCUGCAGUGUCCCCGCGCUCGACUGAACAGUACACACAGCUCCUGGAGCAGCUCAAACUGCAGCACGAGAAAUGCCUGGCCUCCUCGCAGCAGUUCACUCACAUGGGGAACGUAGCGGAGACUGCCAGGUUUGAGAAGCUGGCAGAGGAGUGCAUGAGUAGCAUUGAGGUCCUGAAGAAAGCUCACGCUAAAGGCCGACCGGUACCCAAGUACCACACGGAGGAGCGCACGCUCAACACUGUCAAGAUCUUUCCUAACCUGACGUCCAAUGACAUGGUGCUGACCAUCGUGAAAGGAAUCAACCUGCCCACUCCUCCAGGAGUUUCUGCCAACGAUCUGGAUUCAAGUGUGCGCUUCGAGUUUCCUUUCCCCAGUGCGGAAGAAGCUCAGAGAGACAAAACCAGCACUGUAAAAAACACCAACUGUCCAGAGUUUAAGGAGCAGUUCAAGCUGAACAUCAAGCGAGACCACAGAGGAUUUAAAAGGAUCGUCCAGACCAAAGGCAUCAAGCUGGAGAUCGUCCACAAGGGCGGUCUCUUCAAGACGGAUCGAGUGGUGGGAAGCGCUCAGCUGAAGCUGGAAGCCCUGGAGAACCAGUGUGAGAUCCGAGAGAUUAUAGACGUGCUGGACGGGCGUAAGGCGACGGGGGGGAAGCUGGAGGUGCGAGUGAAGAUCCGCGAGCCGCUGGGAGGAGUUCAGCUGCAGUCGGUGACGGAGAAGUGGAUCGUCCUCGACCCCAUCACACCGUCCCCUGAGAAGAACACGGAGCGGCAAGCGCCUUCUCCGAGAUCCAAACCACAACACGAUCACGACAGGAACUCUAAGACAAGCUUGUCUCCUCCGCAAUAUAAACUGCACAGCUUCAGCCUGCUUCACUACGACAAAGAGAGACUGGAGUGGAAGAUCAGUGAAUAUAAGAAGAACCGGCGAGAUCCGUCAGAGCUGGUCAAGCAACACGUGGACAUCUGUCAGCGACUGCAGUGGCAGAAAUCAUUCCUGGAGAAACACCCGGCAGCACUGACAGAAUAUGAAAAUGUGCUGCGGAAGUUCAUACACGCUCUCUCGGAUUCAGUGAAAGUGUUUUCCAGCCAAGGCAACAGGGAUGCAGCGAAAGACGCGCUGGGCCGGCUGAAGAUGGUGGAGAACGAGCUGGACUCAGUCAGGAAGAAACGGGCCGUCAGACAGUGAACACACUCUUCACACGCUUCUGAAUCAUGACAAUACAGACGCACCGGGACAGAUGUGAAAGAGCUGCAGAGGGAAACACUACACACACACUUACACACACACACACACAUGUCAUUGCUGCUCUCCUCCACUCUGCGGCUCAGACCAUCAUACACUCCUCAGUGUGUUUCUCUUCUGUACGGACGGACGUGUGUGUGUGUGUGUGUGUCGAGUGAGAUCUGACUCUUCUCACCUUAUGCAAACAUGAAGAUGAAUCGUAGACUACAGGGGGAAUCUCACACAAGCCUGUCACACACCUCAAAAUCAAGAUUACUAAUUAUAUUUGGCAUAAAUAAGAUUAUUUUAGGACCAUUACGAAUUUCUUUUAGCAUUGUGACUUUUUUUUUAUCACAUUUAAACCAUAAUGUGAAAACAUGUAUAUAUAAAAUAAGCGUACAUGAUGGUGAUAUUUGCUUUAGUACAUUUAUUUUUUUCAUUCAAAUUUGACAUUAAUUACAAAUAUUCAGUGAUAUAAUAAGGAAUAAGAAUAUAUACGCACACACUAAUGUGUAUUAUGGUGAAAUUAUGCUUCAUUUUCAAUUCAAAUGGUCUUAAAAUGAUAUAUGUUGUGAAAUAUGAGAUUCCUCCUCUGAAUACUUUGUAAAUAAAAUAAGUGCAAUCACAGUUAGCAUUACAGAUGGAGUGAUCAUCACACUAAUCAGUUUAUUAGAAUCCUAGUUUUCUUUUUGGUCUUCCAUCUCCUAUCAUUUACACACACACACACUCUCUCAUGUACAAGUGCUGUUAAUCUGGGUCUAUAAUAGCGUUUUUACAGUAAUCUGCGUCCAACAAUAUUCCCAGAUUAGGGUAAUGCCGCUGCACAGCUGUGAUACGGGAAUAAUCUCAGCUUUCCGGGGAAGAUGUUCAAGUGUGUGUGUGUGAGAUGGAGGAGAUGCGGAUAAUAUCCCGUAAUCUCAGAUUAUCCGCACCCCGCUGGAGAACAGAUGUGAGAGAGACUCAAACGGGGUUCAUUGUGAGGGGUUUCGGGUGGGGGAUGGUGUGUGUGUGUGUGUGUGUGAGAGAGAGGUUUCGUAUCUGGGUGAUAAUGAAGGAAAUGUGAUUUUGAGGUUGUGUGUGUGUCGUGUUGUGUCGAUUCAGCUUGUUUUAGGGAAGCCGUCGCCUCUUUUUCUUCACUUGUCUAUUUGAGAGUCAAAAGGGCAUCAACUUUAACCCCAGAGUGUGUGUGUGUGUGUGUGAUUCAGUCAGUCAUUAUAUCAACUCUUUUAUGGGGGUGUUUCUUUCUUUCUAUCUUUUUCAUUUUAAGAGCAGGACAUAAAUCUGCCUCGUUUCCAUGAAAACCUCUCGUUAUUUUAGGAUGGUGUGUGUGUGUGUGUGAACCCCAUUAGCCUGCCUUCUCAUCAUCAUCAUCGUCCUCAUUCACUCCAGUAUGUACAGAUGAGGUUUAUUACCGAAGGCAAUCACUGCUAAUGUAUUAAUGUAUGAACUGACGUUCUGAUGAUGGGU